AUGGCACAGAGUAAUCCUUUCGGGCUCCCACGGCCGCCUCUUCGAUACGGCGAGCCUGACUGGAACAACGAUGCCAACCUCGAAAUCCGACCUCGCUCGAAGAAGAGCUACGAAGAGUACCGCUACGAACAACUCAUGAACGAAGACACAUCCAAGCCGGUCGCUUCGUCCAACAACAUGUCGUUCUCCACAUCGACGUUCACUACUCUUCGCGACCAAACCGCCAUCCUGGAGGUCCUGGUCGGGGCAGGUCUCGCCGCCAAAUCCGCGAAAUACAUCAUCCACGAACAUCUCCUGACAGCAAACUCGGGACUUGUCAAAGCCAUGAUGACCCACGGCUUCCAAGAGAAGUCGGAGCGCAUCAUUCGCAUGCCGGAAGAGGAACCGGAUAUCUUCGAUCACUAUGUUAACUUCCUCUAUUCUGGACGCAUAACCACGAGUAUUCUUGAGGAACAAAUCGAGAUGUACUGCUUGGGGACUCGUCUACAGGACCCAAAGUUCGAAUAUGCAUGCUACACCGCGAUCAAAGCUGCCUGGACUUCAUAUUCCGCCGUUGACAUACGAUUCAUCAUGGACGAGACAGUGGAGAAAGAUCCCCUGCGAGAGCUGUGUGUCGAGCAAGUCAGCCGUGGCAUUUUGAGUGGUCGAUACACCUUCUCAGAGCAGUCAGAGAAAGAGCUUCUAAGCGACUACAUGACAGAGUUGAUGGAAGGGGUUGUUCGCCAGGUCGCGCUGCAGAAGAACUCCAGCUCCAGUCGACCAACUACACGACCGGAGCCGUCGCAAGCCAGUCCACCUCCUACAUCAGCCAUACCAUUCAUGCACCCACUCCCCCCAAUCGGCGGCACCACACUUCCCUACACACCAAAUAUCGGAUGGCACUUCGGCACUGGUAGCGGUCAACCUCAAGCGUCCACUACACAGUCCACACCUGGCAAUCAGCCUGACACAACUUCCACGCAGCCUGGUUCGUUCCAAUCCAGUUUCAACCCUCGGUCAGGAAUACCAAGAAGCAGCCCCUACUAUCCUCCAACAAUGGCCGCAAGAAGCAGCCCCUACUAUCCUCCAACAAUGGCCUCUGCACUAGGCAAUGGUCCGGAUGGAAGUGCCGCUCAGAGUGUGGCCCCAAUCUCCUCACUGUUCGGUGGUGCGCCGCCGAGACCACUGUUUGGCAAUCCGCCAUUGACGACCACCACAGGUCCACUAUUCGGGCAUGCCUCAUCGACAGCCACCGCAGGCUCACUAUUCGGCAAUGUUCCAUCGACAAGCAUGAAAGGCGCCCAACCUGGCGAUGCGCCAUCGACAGCCAUCACAGGCCCUGCUGCGGUCGACAGUAGAACUCCAAGUGUGGCAGGACAGACUCUGCACCCGAACCUCACCUUCGGGCCUCCGGCUUCGGCAUCUGGAGCGUCUGACUCGGCUUCCUCUGCGCAGCAAAAGCAGCAGUCUACCGGUGUUAGUGGAUCGAAGCCGCGCUUUGAAGGCGAAAGUCUGGUAACCAAGGGAAAGGAGAAACAUAUCGCGACCCUCGACUUGAGCCACGAAAGCGGCAGUAGUGAACACUCCCCUCAGUACACUCCGACCUCGUCACGGGAUGACGAGCAAGGAGGACCCUCUACGGCCUCGGAAGCAUUAUCAUUGCCGGUCGCGAUCCCUCGAGAGAAACAAUCGCCACUGAACGAACGCGACGUCUCGAACGCACAUCUCGCAGGGGGAAGGCUCACACCAUCAAAUGCGACUGCGGAUCUACUGACCAGUCUCAUGACAGUAUCAUCUGCUGCGACAAGUGCAACACUUGGCAACACAUCGAAUGCUACUACCCUCCGCAAGAGAUACCUAACGACCACCGGGUCCAUUUGUCCUACCACAUCCGACCCUUGCGCGAAGGAAACCUCUCCUAUAUGCUCCUCGGGUCAGAAGGGUGAUGGCUUUGUGCAGUACGCCAACUCGUCGGGUUCCUCCUCGUCCUCAAGCCCAUUCGCUACCAUAUACAAAGAACAAGGCUCUCGGACUGAUCAAGAAUUUGGCAAGGGUUCCAAAGGCAAAGAGAGAGCGUCGUUCGGUACAGGCGACACAUUUAUCGACAGCAAAGCUCCAAUAUCAGCCACGAGCAGGUCUCAUAAUAUGAGUGCUGCACCAUCAUUUUGGUCUUCGCCCAAGGCUGCCAACACAGACAAAACAUCGGCAAGCUCAGAUGGUUUCAGCGGCAGUGUGUUAGCCAGUGAUCCUGCACCACCAGUCACUCCGAAGUUCGGUCUGCCAACGCAGCUGUCGCCCCCGGCAGGAAUUCGCAAGGCGCAAGCUGCUGUUUCUGCGAACUCAGUGAAUCAAGGCAACAGCAGAUCCGAUGCUCGCCCUGAGGUCAACUUCGCUGCGUCAGUGGCGGAUACCCGAGAUGGUGAAGCUUCUAACAGCACUGGAAACGUACCAUCUAGGAUCAGUGUAGCAAGCACAGACUUGCCACACAACACUGUUCUACAUUCACAGCAGCCGGGUCGCAUCACAGAGUUGCCGGAGAGCCCGAGGAAUUAUCGAUCGAGCGCUUCCACGUCAUCCUUCAAAUGGGAAGACAUCAAGAGCGCUGCAAAGCCGGCUGCUCCACGAAGUGAUGCAUAUAUCCUUCCCAAGAAAGGUCAGGCAUCGUGCGCAGGAUAUUCCGGAUCCGGCUUCUGGCGGCCGAGCGCUUCCGGGCAGCCUGCGGCAACACCUUCUGGAAGCAGUGCUCCACCCUUUGGGCCAUUCAACUCUCCUCCGCCGAAGGCAAAUGAGCAGCCGCAGACAUCGGCCUCUGGAAGCAGCGCAGCGCCUUUUGGGUCAUUCAACAUUCCCCCGUCCAGGGUAUCUGGGCAGCCUAGACCAACAGCAUUCGGGAGCUAUUCACCCGGCCUCAGACCGACGAGCUCUUCCACUCAGUCGCCCUCUGGACAGCCACAGACAUCGCCCGUUGGAAGCAGCCCUUCUGGCACUGACACGACGAGCUCACUUCCCACCUAUCAAUCCAUUGGGAGAGAUUUAGCAGGCAGAUAA